GGUAUUUUUGCACUGAAGUGUAAGACAAGGCCGCGUAACAAACUCAUCUCGAACAAUAUUUAAUGGAUGACAGAUCAAACUUCUAAAUGGAACGGUUGUGUGCUGUGUUUCAAUAAUUGUGCCUGAAAUAUGGAACUGAAACCAAACGAGGGUCGUCCGGGACACACUACACAUUCGACACAUGUGCGCCACCAUACAACCCCGGAACGAAGAUUUGUAGAUCGAAGUGCAGAAGGGGAGUAUAACUAUGUCGCCGCAAGGAAUAAUGCUAAACCUACCAACGUCUUGGAGUCAACUGGUCACCUGAUAAAAGGCUGCCUCGGCGGCGGUAUUUUGGGUAUUCAUGAAGCGUAUAUGAAAUGUGGACUUUGGACAUCUUUUUUCAUGACCAUCAUGUUUGGUUUCUAUAUCUCUUAUUGUGUUCACAUCCUAGUUUCUUCAGCACAUAAAUUGUAUGGGAGGCUACACCUAGCGACCCUGUCUUACCCUGACGUUGCGGAGGCUGCGUUAGCAAUAGGCCCGUUUCCUAAACUGAGGAAAUAUAGUAAAAUGUUCAGGUAUGCAGUAGACGUAAUAAUAUGCAUAGACUUAUUUGGAGCGUGCUGUGUCUACCAGAUCAUAAUCGCGAAAACAAUACAACAGUUGACAUUGUCUGGACAAGAUUCAACAAGUAUAUCAUACUUGAGACUGUUUAUCAUAGCUUUAUUGGUUCCCAUAUUAUUGCUCUGUAUGAUCACCACACUCAAGUAUUUGGCACCGUUCAGUUUGGUUGCAGAUUUUUUUAUUGUGGCGUGUGUAAUAGCCACAAUAGCAUACAGUUUGAAAAUCGCUCCACCAAUCGAUGAGGUGCCAGGGUGGAAAAAUGCGAUGGGAUUUUUUGAAUUUUCCGGCGUCGUGGUAUUCAGUAUGGAAGGGGUGGGCGUCGCUUUGCCAAUAGAAAACAAUAUGAAGGAACCCAAACGAUUUAUAGUGGUACUGUGUGCAGGGAUGUCGGUGGUAGUGACUUUUGUGCUCCUCGUGGGAUUCUUUGGUUACUGGGGCUUCGGAGAAAAGUGUAUAUCACCAGUGACAUUAAAUUUCCCGUCGGAAAUCUUUCCCACAAUCCUGAAGGUUCUAAUCGCCCUAAUGAUAUUCGUGACGUUCGCUCUGAACUACUGGGCUCCUUUCAACCUAGUGUGGUAUUAUCUAGCGAAGAGACACGAUUCCUCAAAGCACUGGAUUUGGGAGAGGGUGUACCGAGCUGUCUUCAUCAUCAUCAUCACUAUUAUAUCGGUUAUAUUUCCUAAUAUAGGAAAUUUGAUGGGCCUGCUCGGAGCCUUUUGUUUAUCCAACAUGGGCUUCAUAUUCCCGGCCUUGAUCGACCUACUCGUGGUAUGGGAGAACCCUGGCUUAGGAACGCUUCAGUGGCGAUUAUGGAAGAAUGUCGUAAUACUUAUAGCGGGAUUUAUGCUCUUUGUAGCGGGCACUUACUCAAAUGCCAAAGGAUUGUUGUUUACGACCUACGAAUAAUGUAUCCUAUAGACAUGUAACUGACACUACAAUAAAUAAGCAUUUAUUUAAUUUUGGUAUGAAUGCAAAGUUGCAUGUACGUUUUUAAAAUGUAUAUUUACUCACUUGUGGAAAGAUAUCCCAGCAUUUGUCUUGUACGUAGGGCAAUACAAUUAUCGCGAAAAUAUAAUAAAAGCACGUUUUGAAUACCAACUGCCGACGGCACAUGCCGGCACUGCACUCAAUCGGCCACAGCUGCACUUCUGAUUUUAUAUGAUAUUUACAUGAAACCGUUUUGGAUCGAAGCGGCAGCAGCACGUGCAGACGCCCUUAGAUAUCAAUUGUUUUCAUUAUAGUCGCGGCAUGUGUGGUUAAAACGUA